GCGAAAUUGAUUUUGGUAACUUUUCUUACUUUAGAUUCCACAAGAUAGUAUUUAUUUGCUAAACAGGAGCAACGUAGCCGUGUUUCCGGACGAAAGCGGUCAGUUUCCAGCCGACCACUUGGGUCCACCAAAUGGGACAUUUACCGUGCAAGGCGGACCUCAAGUGGACGAAAAUACGCAAUCACACGCCUUCUCCUUCUCAGCAAACAACAGCACACCGCGGGCAUCACCUUCAACACAUGGAUUCAUGUUCAGGAGCUCAUCUGCAGCCCGUGGUCAGCGUAGCAAUUUUACAAGAAAAAUAUUCCGCGGCAUUAUACAAGGAAAAACAUUAAGUCCUAGUGGCAGUUACCACAUAAGUUUAAAUUGCGAAACGUGCAAUACGGCAGAUGUUGUAAGGAUCACAAAGGAGGUGGCUAAUAUCGAUGCCGAGCUGGUCUUAACAGACAGUAGUGGGUUUGAAAUUGUCGACAGCGUGGCUACAAGAGGAAUCGAGUACUGGAAAACUCCGGCCAGAAAAUUUUUUGUGGUCACUAGAGAUGAGUACAGGGCCCUUAUGGUUGCAAGAAACCCUACUAGGAAGUAA